AUGACAGCGACGGAUGGGGCGCACGACGUGGAUCGCGACAUGGACACAUUCGAUCGUCGCCCUCGGUCCGACCCGAGACGCGACGGCGACAGGGGCGGGCGCCGCGGACGCCGGGGAGGCGUGCGUACGAGCCCGCCGCCGCCUGGCACGAUCCGCCUGAGCGAUCGCAAAGUAGCUAAUUCGCUGUGGGAUGUGCCGGCGCGGGGCUUUGAGGAAGUCGAUGCGCUCGCCGCGAAGUCGACCGGCCUGUUCGGCGCGCCUGUCAAUUCGGGCAUGGCCGGCAUGAUGAUGCUGGGCCUGAAGAAUGCCAUGCCGACGACCGUGCCGGCGAGCGCGACGCCCGAGAUUGAUCCAACGAUCGCGGCAGCUGUCACGAAUGGCCUGACGCAUCUGCAGCUGCGGCGUCUUCAUGUGGAACCGAUUCAGCCGGGCAUGACGGCGCGCGCGCUCCAGGCGUUUGUGAAUGCGAAAAUGAACGAGCGGCUCCUGUGCUCAGGGGGCAGCACAGAGCCGUGCUUCCACGUCGACUGGCACGCCGACAAGGGGUAUGCGCUUGUCGACUUCCGCAGCCCCGACGAGGCGACGAACGCCGUGCUGCUCGAUGGCGCGCGGUUCCUGGGCCAUGUGCUUACAUUCCAGCGCCCCAAGGACUAUGUCGGCCCGGAUGUGGUACCGCCCCCCGGCACGAUCGCCACGACGGUGCCGGACGGCCCAAACAAGCUGUUUAUCGGGCGCGUCCCGCUGUUCCUAGACCGGGCUCAGGUGCUCGAGCUGCUCCAGCCGUUCGGCGAGGUGAAGCACCUCGAUCUGAUCCGCGACGAGGAGACCGGACGCUCGCGCGGUAUGGCGUACUGCGAGUUUUCCGAGGACGCUGCGACAGACUUGGCAUGUGAGGGCCUCGAUGGCCUUGAGGUCGGCGAGCAGCGCCUCAUUGUGCGCCGCGCCCUGGCGCCGUCGCGGGAGCCGCCGGCGCCGCCCGUGCAGGAGACGUCCGAUACGCCUACGCGCGCGAUGCUCCUGCUCAACAUGGUUACUACCGAGGAACUGCUCGACGACCAGGAGUUCCACGAUAUUGUCGAGGAUGUGCGUAGCGAGUGCUCGCGCUACGGCCACGUCACGUCCGUGUAUAUCCCGCGACCGCUUCCAGCGGGUGCGCCGGGCAUAGAGCCGCCGGGCGUCGGUCGCGUCUAUGUGCAGUUUGCGCAGGACGCCGAGUGUGAAGCAGCGCUGCGUGCCAUUGCGGGCCGGCAGUUUGACGGGCGCACCGUGAUUUGUGCGUAUGUCAAAGAUGAGGCAUGGCCGGGCGCGGCCCCAUAG